AUUUAUUUUAUAUUUAUCUAUUUAAGUAUCUACUCUGUAUUCGUAUGCACCAUGUUAUUGUUUUUAAUCUACGUCUACUUUUUGUGUAGGUAGGUAGUGUUCAUGAAAAUUAUUCAUUGCUUUUGAUAUCGCAUUGCUUUUUUUUUUUUUUUUUUUUAAUACCGUAUGUAUAUAUUCUCCAACGCUCCAAUACUUUCAUGCCUUCACUCUCUUCAGCAGCAGUGCCCUGCGGGAUGAAUGAUGAGCAGCGCCCUAAUAUGACCUUACACCUCCUUUCUUUACUAACAUUAUUCUUAGUUUCUAUGCAUUUUUUUUCUAUUUCCAUGGCCUUGUUCCCCCUGAGGGGUAGUCAACUCAAGCCUGGCUGAGUGGCGGGUGAGCGGCGCCCCCUGCCAGCGGCCCUCCAUCCCCGCCGUCUUGUUUACGCGCUCAGCUGAUGGACAUGGCCUCAAGGCGUCACCCUACACCCUGCUGACGCUGCCCUUGGUGACCGGGGACGCCCUCCACCUGUUGCCGCUCUGCAGUCUUUCCCAGCACCUCCUCACGGACGUAAAUGGAAUGAGAGUACGCCAUGGACACUGGUGUUGGGGAAACUUAUGACAUAACAUCAAUAAACAAAGCACUCGAUGAUUUGGGAAUGUUAAGUACUACCACAGCCAGUCGGAAAGAGUACUUGCAUGAGUGUCUAAGGGCCAGUAUGGAGAAGCUCAAUGUGGACCAGCCAGGACCCUCAACAUCACGAUGGGAUGCCCAGAAGAGUUCAGGCUCCCCUAGUUCCAUUGAGAAAGAGAAUACCAACAUUGGGGGCUUCCAGAUACUGAAGAUGAACUCCACCUUCAUCACUAGCUUUACUGCUGGCUAUGAGCUGCCCUGCCAUGGGCUCAGAGAACGCUUCACAAAUCGUGUCAUCAAAUGCGGCUAUGCCAGGAGGAGACGCCUCCGGACGCAUCCGUAUGAUAAUAGCUCAGUCACUGCCAGCACUAGUGACACCUCUUCAUACUCCAGUGGGUCAUACAGACUGAGAACCACCAGUUUAAGUAGUGGGACUAGUAAAAAGAAAACUAGCGGCAGUUAUAUCAAUACUGCUGUCUCUGGAAAUAGUUGUAGUAGUAAUAAUAGUGGUAAUAGUAAUUGUAGUAAUAGUACAAAGCCUGUUUUGGUUAGGUCCAGAAGCAUGGAGAAUUUGUCUGCUUCUAUGGGUGAUGGCCUUGUCUUGACUUACAAGCCAAAGGAAUUGGAGACUGUCUCAAGAGGUAUCCAACAGCUGAAAAUGGAUGACUGUACCUGAGGAGAAAUUGAUCUGGUCCUGCUUACCCAGUUCAACCACAGCUAACAUUAUGUAUAGUUUUCUUGAGUUUUAACAUGUAAUCAUUAACCAUUGUAGGACAGUAGCCUAAUAGGUUAUAUUUUAAGUCCUCAAAACAGAGACUACGCACUGGAAUACAACUGUAACCGCAAUUAAUUUUUCUUUGUGAGCUUGUGUGAAUGGAAAUACUAUAUAGUAGCAUUUUACUAUGAAGUUAAAGAGUAGUAUAUGUAUGCAAAUCAUAUAUGAAUGUAUGUAAACAUAUAAUUUACCUUUUACUAAAGUAAAUUGUGUUGUUUUGCUAAAAUCUGAAUUGUGUUGUCAUUUUUUGUUUUAUUUAUGUAAAUCAAUAAUCACCAGAUCUGCAACCAAAGUAUUCAUAUUUAAUGAGUUGUGUACUUGAACUUUAUUGUUACAUGUUUGCAAAUUUUAUCAGCAUUCAGACCGGUUAUAAUUAUUUUGACUGUGAUUUAUUAUUAUUUAGCACAAUAAGAAAGCUUUAUUUUGUUAAUAAUUGAAGUACAUAUAUUGAGUGCUGUCAUAACUCUCGACUCAAAACCAAAAAGUCAAUUUUGUUUUCACUGAUGUAAUCAUGAAAAGUAUUUGAGCAUGUUCCUGAAUCUUCUAAAGACAUCUGCCUUCUGGCCAUUUAUAAACAGACAGAUUUUUAACAAAUUAUGAUUUUGCAACUUUCCUGCCAGGAUAUUCUUAAUACAAUAAAACAAAACACUGCUGUUACUCCUAUAUUACCUUUAUUUAGCAAAUAUCAGCUCUAGAUUGGUAUCAAAGAAUGUGAAUAAAUUCUCUUGCUUUUAAUGUCCCAGGGAUUCUCUGUAAGGAAAAUAAUGCUGUGUGGAUCCAUGUUCCAUUUGUGAAGGCUUCCAGUAAAGAGCAUCUUUUCCUGCAUAAGUCCCAUAUAUACAUACACAUCAGCAUGUGUGUUUUUGGAAUAGAGGAGAGCACAGAAUGUGUCCAUUCUGCUACCAAGAGUAUAAUAUUAAAAGGACAGAGACAUCUUUAUUGCAAGAGACCAUCUAAACUAAUAUGGUUUCACUGAUAAUUUAAAAAUUUUUUAUAGCAUCACAUUGAUGGCCUUUACCCAGUGAACAAAAAACAGGUGGUGGGAAACUGAAUAACAUAUUUUACAAUGACAAUACGUACUUUACUUGAAAGUGACCGUCCAGUCUACCCUGACAGUUGUCUAAAGUCUGUUAACCAUAUGAGAAUUUCUAGAGUCAAUUAAAAUUAUCAAAAUUUUUA